AUGUCAAAAAACUUUGAUAAGAAGUUUACUCUUCCAUUAAUAGAUUAUAAACCUCCUAAAAAAGAUGAUAGUGAAAAUUAUAAUUUCAUCAAAGAAACAAGAAAGUCUAGGACUUCUUUCAAAGAUAUUCCUCCUCCAACUGAAGAUUAAGAAGAUUUAAGAACGCAGGUUAUGAGAUUAAAGAAAGAAUUAGAAUAACGUAACUAGAGUGUAAUGGCACUUUAGAGAAAUUUCGAAAGCUUAAGUACAAUGUUUAAGACUGAAAAAUCAGAAACUUAAAGAUAUAAAAAUGAAGUUCAGUAAUUAAGAGAUCUCAAUUAGAAUUAUUUGUCAAAGAUAAAAGACAUAGAAGGAAAAUUAGAUGAUGCAAAUGGUAAAUUAGUUAAGGGAUAACAAGAUAAUGAAGCAGCAAAUGAAAAAGUAUCUCAUAUGAAUAAGGUUUAAAAUGAGCUAGCUAAAGCCAAUAAGCGAAUUUAAGAAUUGGAAUCUUUAUUAGAACAAAGAAAUAGUUUAAAUACAGAUUUAAAUCAACAGCUUAGAGAAACAAAUUCUCAACUCUAAAAAAUUCUAAACCAAGAUAAAAACUUUGAAAAAGAAAAAAAACAAUUUUAAGCAGAUUUACAAACUUUAAAGGAUUAGAAUCAACAGUUAAAUAUUUAAAAAGAAGAAAGUGAGAGACAGGUUAAAAUUUUAGAGGAAAAUUUAGAUAAAGCACUUAAUAGGAUAAAUGAUUUGUAAGACAAGUCCUAAGAUUCUGAGGCUCUUAAGGAAGAAUUAUUGGACCAUGAUAGAAAAAUGAAAAAAGAAAUAUAAACAUUAAAACAGAGAGAAAGUGAUUUACUCAUACAGCUUAAAAAGCUAGAAAAUGUUCAUGAAUCUUAAUAAACUUUACUGAAGAUGAAAAGUAACAAUGAGUCAUCAAUAAAAUAGGAAACUGCAUAGCUAAAAGAAUUAAACAAGGAACUAGAGGAAGAAUUAAGCAAGUUGAGAGAAGAAAGAAAUAACUGCAAAUGUUUUAACUACUUAAAUUUGAUUAAUAAUUAUGAAGAAAUGAAAUCUAAAUGUUAGGAUGAAAUCAUUUUAAUUGCUAAAUUCGAAGUAAAGAAUAAUUAAUAAGUUACUAAAGAACUCAGAGAUAAUGUAUAAAUAAUGAGUUCAGAGAUAUAAAAUCUAAGACAAAGAUUAUCAGAGUAUGAGGGACAAUCUUCGCAGUAAAUUGAUUAGUUAAAGGAAAUGCUGGAAAGAGAAAAGAAUAUGAAUUAAAUAUUAAAUGAUGAAAAACUUUAAAUAUAAAGUGCUCUCAGUAUCUCAGAAGAGCAAAAAAAUGCCUUAAACAGAAAGUUAGAGUAAGAACUAAAUAGUCAAAACUCAGAGCUAAAUAAAUAAGCAGAGUAAAAUUAAAACUUAAUUAAAAACUUAAAUGAAUACGAGCAAAAGAAAAACAUGCUCGAAAAAGAAAAGUAAAACUACUUCUAAAUGGUUUAGUCUAAAGAUAAUUUAAUAGAUAAUUUAUAAAAAGAAGUCAAUAAAAAUUAAGAAAAACUUUAGGAGUUUGUUUAAAAUAUUUAAACUUUGAGGUCAGACAACAGUCAGCUGAUGUAAAAGACUAAAGAAUUAGAAGAAUAAAAUAGCAAAUUAGAAUAAUAAAUUUAAUUACUUUCUUCUUAGAACAAAGAGUUGAAAGACAAAUAUAGUUAGUUAACUAGUGAUUAAAAGUCAGAAUAAACAUAACUCUCUUCCAUGUAGAAUUAAAUAGAAGAACUUAAGCAAAGAAUGGAACAGGAAAUUUUAAAUAGUUAAGCUUUGAACAAGAGCCACAAAGAACUCAUCACUAUGCUUUAAGAUAAAGAAGCUGAUCUAAAAAAGAUCAAAUAUGAAUAUGAAGAAAAGAUUUCUCUCCUUUCAAAAAACGAAAAAGAACUUGAUGGAGAUCUAAAAUCUCUUAAGGCUUCUUAUGAAAAAAAGAUUUAAGAGCUAAAUAAUGCAAUAAUUUAAAAAGAUGCCUUUUUGAAUUAGUCCUUAGAAUAUUAAUAAUAAAUUGAAAAAUUAAAAGAGGAAAGAGAUGAAAAUUCCAGAUAAAUUUCAAAAAAAGAUUCACUUCUGUUUAAGUAAGACCUUGAUAUUAAAACACUAACAAGUAAACUUGCUAUUGCAGAGAAGAACUUAGAAGAAUUAGAUCCUAUCAAGGUAAAGUAAUAAAUUCAAGAUUUAAAGGAUAAAGAAAAACUUCUAAGAAGUUCAGUUGCUAAGAUUGAAAAUGCUGCAUAAGCAGCAGAAGCUUAAUUCGGGUGCUCCUAUUGUGGACAGACUAUAAAAGAUGCUAAGACAUGUGCCCCAUGUGGUCAUUCAUUUUGUGAUGCUUGCUUUAAAGGAUAUACUCCUCACUGCUAAGAAUGCAGAAAACCAGAAACAGAGUUAGUAUUUUCUAAUAAAAUACUAGAUUCUGUAAUUGGUAACUAUAAUUACAUAAUGUUAACGUUAUAAAGUAUCAAAGUUAUUUGA